AUGGCACAAUAUCCGAAUGGACAGCAGGCAUACUAUGGCCAAUCCGCGAAUGCCCAGGUGCCCGCCCAACCGGUAGCAAGCCGCUACGAGAGCUACUCGUCUCAGCAAAACCCCGCGCCGAAUCAACAUUUGCCUCGAAGGAUGCCAAGUUACAAUGCCGGGGAUGAUUCGGGGUUCUUCAACUCGGCCCAAGCCCAGAAUGCACGAGUGGCCGAAGGAAACGCACAGUAUUCGGCACAAAGCGGCUACAACGCCCCGCAGGGUGUCUUUGACGACGACAGGGACUCCAGAUAUUCGCGCACUUCAUCAGAUGCCAUGUCGCGCAUGUCUCCCAGUCGCGCGUCUUCGCAAACCUCCACCAUGUCUUACCAAUACCAGUACUCCGGAACGUCAACGAACCAGCCAGCUUAUAACCCCCAGCAAUACGGCCUCCCACACGCACAAUCCCAACCAGUCCUCGCUUACAACCCCCUGAGCUACAACGGCUCAAACAAUGUCUCCUAUGCGACUCCGGCUUCAGGUCAUCAACCGUAUAACCCUGCGGCAUAUCAGUCUGCCAACCUCUCAGGCCUGAGCUCUCCGGUUCUACCAAGAAGGCAGAGCAUAGCUUCACAUUACGGACAGACACCACCGACCCCACAAUCCUACGGCUUUCCCUCGCAACAACCACCGCUGCCACCGCCAAGGGGGCCUGAUCACCCGUAUGGAGGACGUCCGUCUCCAUAUCAAGCCAUGUCACCUAUCCCUUCGCCUUCGUAUGUGCCAUCGAACUCGCCAGGCACAAUGACUAUGCCCCCACCAUUAUCGCGACCUUACUAUGGCACACAAGGAUCCGCGUAUGAUUCACAAUCUCCCCAAUAUAACCCAUCGAAUACCGGCGCCUCUUUCGAUGAUCUGCCUCCGGAGCCACCGGUUCAUCAGAGCCAAGGAAAUGGUCUGUACGGUAAACGGCCGAGUGUGUCUCAUGCUGGGGCAGGGCGGGCCCUGCCAGACCCUCCGAUGCAGCCAGAUUUGCCUCAAAUACCACCGAGACGAACCGACACCUUGACUCGACACCCUCAAUCACGACCUCUCCCUGGGCCGCCAGUUGACGCAGAAACUGAAACAGAUGACAACCGCUUACCUUCAGAUCCACCUGUGGCAUAUGAAGAUUUGAUGAAAGAGGUUGAAGCGGCAGUGGACCCCCAGAAUUUUGCCCGGCGUCACAGUUCACGAGCAUCCCACCAAAGCGCCGGUUCGCGCCUUCGCUUGUCGCCCGAUGAGCAACAUACGCACACCAAUGGAAACAUGGACACAGGCACAGGGAACUAUGUCAAUUACGACGCCUACAGUGACGAAAGUGAUGCUGAGGCUGCAGCUGGACUAGCUAUGAUGCAAAUGGCAGACGAAGAAGAUAGGGCACGUGAGGAGCGUGGCCGUGAGCGUCUAGAAGAGCGGAUGCGACGCGAGACUAAUGCCUCAGUUCUCAGCUCUCGUGGCUCCAACAUUUCUCCGAGAGGCCCUUCACCACAUUCCGAUCCCAACCAAGACCAGGAAUUCAGCGGUCAUGACCUUGCAUUGUAUGAGGGAGGUUAUUCUGGGAACUUGCACUACGGCGAAGAGCCUGCUUACACUGCUGAGGAGUACUCGGAUCCCGCCGAUAGAUUCACAGGCACAUCUGGUUCAUUCAGAAGCUCCAAUGUGUCCCCUGAUGAGCGUGGGGAAUAUUAUGAUGAAUACGAACAUCCCCCUAUCGCAUAUGAGUAUGCCAACCGCCUCCAUCAUCUGCCUCCCAACCCCGACGCCAGGGUGGAUGCGGGUGGUACGGGUGGACUAUCGGCACCCGACGCCUAUGGUCGUCGGAUGAGUUUUGACUAUGGCGAUGAGGGAGAAUCACCAUAUGACCAGUCUCAAUCUGCAUAUCAAUCCGAUGAUGAAAGUCCCCACCGAGCCGCCCAUGAAGAUCUCUUUUUCCACCCUGGAAUGCGUCCACUUCCACCUGCGCCUGUUGAACCGGCUGGCAAUGUUGAUCUCGUCUCACAUCUGAUGCCUGCCGGUACUUACAAUCACCAUGAACAAGAAGAAUUGAAUAGCUAUGCCCAGUAUAACAACGACGCUUCCUUGCCAGCUUCUGCAGACUCAUAUGACGAUGCUCUGCUCAGCCCAUCCCAAGUCCCGCGGUCGUCAUCUUUGUCGACUCCUAUUGGACCUCGUUCCGAUCCGCCCAUCAGGUCGAAAACCGAUGCGGAUCGGGUUAGGUACAGGCAGCAGCAGCACGAGCUCAUGUUGCAACUCCGACAGAAGGAACUCCCUCAUAUAGAUCCGGCUGAAGCGGCGGCUGCCGCCGUCACAUUGGAUUUGCCAAGCAUCCCGGCUGGUCGCCGCAAGAGAUUCCACCCUGCCAAGCUGUCCUCGGAGCAAUUCAAGAAGUGUAGCGAGCCUUGGGCUUUGAGCUCCAUUCUGUCCUGGAUUCGCGACCUGAGCGAGGAUGAAACUGAUCUCAAGGAGCAAGCAAUUGCCGACGCUAUUGUGGCAUUGUUCACUCACAAGGUGCCCACAAUGAACAUCGCUGAUGCCGAAACAUUAGCUGCUCGUGUUGUCAGCGGUAUGCUCGAAGGAGGCGCGCUGGUCAAGGAAGAGGAAUGGGUCAAGUUCGGCUCUGGUGGCCUUUCGGGUGUCCUGUUCCAAAUCACUGGUACCGGAUGUUACUCUGCCAAGCUUCAUUUGCAGGAGAUGCACAUCGAGGAUACCGAUAGCUUUGGUCGAUGCUACUCGCAUCAUUGUAUGCGAACGCUGAAGAAGGUCAACCUCAAAGCGCAGAUGAUGGCACCUCAAAAGAAGGCCGAGGACUGGGUGACCUUCUACAAGGUACCUAAAGAGGUAUGGGAGUCUCAUCCCAGGAAAGAGGUUGAUCGGCAGAACAACUUGCACGAGAUUGUCACCACAGAAGACUCCUACAUUGGGCAACUGGAUGUCCUGCGAGAACUCUAUCGUGACCAAUUGGCUGGCAUGAACCCAUCAAUCAUCCCGACGAAACGACUUCCCAAGUUCCUGUUGGAUGUCUUUGGCAAGGUUGAUGCAGUGAAAAAGGUCAACGAGGACUUCCUACUGGCACAGCUCAAGUACCGUCAAAAGGAGCAGGGUCCCUUCAUUACUGGGUUCAGUGACAUUUUCAGAGAGUGGAUUCGCAAGGCGAAGACCGUUUACAUUGACUAUGCCGCGACCUUCCCCACUGCUAAUUACCUUGUGCGUAAAGAGGCCGAACGCAACCCGCACUUCAAACAGUUCUUGAACCAGGUGCGAGAACACAAACUAUCGAACCGACUCAGUUGGGACACCUUCCUUAAGGCUCCAAUCACCCGAAUUCAACGUUAUACGCUUCUUUUGGCCACUGUCCACAAGAACAUGGUGAAGGAUUCCGAAGAAAAGACCAAUGUCGCCCAAGCCAUCGAAGAGAUUAAGAUUGUUGCUUUGGAGUGUGAUAACAAAGUGGGAGAGAUGAACAAGAAGGCCAACUUGAUGGAACUAGCAGCCAAACUACAAUUGCGGCCUGACAUGAAGAAGGAAGUCGAGCUCAAUCUUGAACACCUAGGCCGACAGAUCAUCCAUCGGGGCGAUCUUCAACGUCCCGGAACCCGCACAAGGUUCCUUGUGGAGACACAUGCCAUUCUAUUCGACCAUUACCUUGUUUUGGCUAAGACAUUCACAAUGCGAGACCGAGCAGUCAAGUACGAGCGAUACGACGUAUCAAAACUGCCUAUUCCAAUGGAUCUUUUGGGUCUCGAAAGCACCAACGACGACCCAGUUGUCAAAUCUUCCGUUCGUGGUGUUUCAACUGUCACGCCCUCUCAAAGCGUUGUCAGCCCCCUAACACAUACUGGACCUGCAUCUGCAGGAAACACAGUCGUCGACAACUCAAGGGAUGACAAGAUCCUCUACCCCUUCAAGAUCAAGCACCUCGGCAAAGAAGGAACCUAUACACUCUAUGCCUACUCCGCCCAGAACCGCAUGGAAUGGUGCCAGAAGAUCAUCGAGGCUAAGACAAAACAUGCGGCAGCUCUAUUUUCACAAAAUGCAGAGCCAUUCAGACUUCGUGUACUUGCAGAUACUGCAUUCGCAUAUUCAGACCAGUCACCGGGCUCUAAAAGCGUCACUAUCACCGGCACGCCGUUGCAUCGUGCGAUCAAGGAAGUCGAGAAGCAAUACGAAGGUUCUGGACCCAGGCCAACCCCCGUAUGCAGGACUUCCGUCACCUGUGCAACAGUAUUCCAACAGCCUCCCGGUCGAAUCAUGUGUGCAAUUGGUACGGAAUACGGUGUCUAUAUGUCUGAGCUGAACAACCCCCGCGGGUGGUACAGAGCUAUCCCCAUCAUGCGGGUCACGCAAGUUGCCGUCUUCGAGGAGUUCAAUCUUCUACUGCUCAUUGCGGAUCGUUCUUUGAUUGCCUAUCAUCUUGACGUGGUUUGCCCUGCCAGUGGGUCUACCUCGCAGUCGUCUCAGGAUUCCGCUCGACGAGCCCCGCAGAAACUGUCUGGAAACCGUGAAGUCGGCUUCUUUGCAGCUGGUCGUCUGAAGGAUCGGUACUUGGUGCUAUACAAGAAGCGAGAUGGACUGUCGUCCACAUUCAAGGUCCUCGAACCCGUCCUGCAGAAAUCAGCAACAAACAAAAGCCGCCUUUUCACAUCACGUCGCUCACAAACGGAAUUUUUCCGUGAGUACGACGAGUUCUACAUCCCCGCCGAGACCUACAGAAUCAACAUGUUUCACUCCUCGCUGGCCAUCUCCACCCAGAAGGGCAUCGAGGUCCUCACCCUCGACAAGAAACAUUCAUGGUCUGUACCAGACUUCCGCACCAAUGAAGUUUCAGAUGCACAGGACACCCUCCACAGUAUUGCCAAUCGCAUCAGAGACCUCAAGCCACUCGGCAUGUUCCGCCUCAGCGACAGCGAGUUCCUGGUUGCUUACCAAGAGUGCGCCGUAUAUGUCAACAAACACGGCGACGUCUCUCGCAGCGUGGUCAUGGAGUUCGUCGGCUGCGCACACACUGCCUGUCUCUAUGGACGUUUCUUGAUUCUCUUCAAUGAUGACUUCGUUGAAGUCCGCAACGCGAUGAAUGGUCGCUUGCGCCAGGUCAUCCCCGGUCACAACGUUGUCUGCCUUGAUGAUGGUAGCAAAAUGCCCGGCUCGCUUGACGGAAAUGCGCAGGCAAGCAGUGGUGGCUCUAUGAGAAUGGGUAGCGGUUUCUCGGGUGCUACUAAUGGUGUCUCCUCAGGCUCUGUCGGUAACACGGUGAAGAUCUGCAUGCAGCACCCAGAGUACGAGCGGAGCCAGCUUGUCUUGGAGUUGGUUGAGAACGAGGGACAAAAAGACUAA